AUGAGGAUAUUCUUCUCGUUCCUGUUCUCCUCCUUCUUGGUGUACGUGACAGCCGAUGACAACGUUUGGAACCUCGGGAAAUUCCUCGCCGAAGAUAUCAUAGACGGAAUCCAGAUCUUCAAACGGCCGUAUAUCGAAGCCUUCGCCGAUGCAGGAUCGUCACAAUGUGAAUACAUUAAGAAAGAUCUGGGGGUUACUUAUGAGCAGUUGCGAGGAAAGUGGGAGCCAAACCUGCACAAUCUUACCCUUCAUUACAAGACUAGAAACAACAGGGCAUAUACAACGAUUAUCAACAUCACAGCAGCGGCGGAGUCACUGAGUCAGGAUCGGAGUUACGACCCCGAUGAUGAGUUAAUAAUCUUCAUGCACGGGUUCACCGACGAUCCCACUAUGGAGAGCUUUACGCACAUACAUCGCUCUUUUAUUGACAACGGUCACAUCGGUGUGAUAGCAGUGGACGGCAGUUCGCUGAUCCGUAGCUCGUAUCUCCUCUCGUCGACUUACGUGCACUUUAUUGGACAAAAGCUUGGAGAGAUCUUAGCUGCCAUAGUUAACCAGGGUCAAGACCCGUCGAAAAUCCACAUAAUUGGGCACAGCCUCGGUGCACACAUAUCCGGGUUCGCCGGCAAAGCCUUCUACAAUUUGACCGGGAUGCUGGUCGGUAGGAUCUCCGGCCUGGACCCAGCAGGUCCUUGCUUCAGCUCCAUCGACCCGAACUCUAGGCUGAUGCACACUGACGCUGCGUUCGUGGACGUGAUGCAUACGGACGCCGGCGUGUAUGGGAUCAAAGAUGCCGUUGCAGACAAACAUGGUCGGAUGAUCGGGACUCGAAAACCUUGA